AUGGGAGGCCACACUAAGGAUACCUGCUUCAAGUUGCAUGGAUAUCCUGAGUGGUAUAAAGAACUUAAGGAACAAAGGAACAAAAUGACAGGAGGAAGAAAUGUGGCUAAUAUGGCUGAUAAUCCUUUGGAUGCAAACAUGGAUCAAGCUGUUAGCAAGGCAACAUAUCAGAAUUUAUCUUUGGCAGAAAUGAUUCAGCUGGAGCUAUCAAAGAUGAUGAAGGGGAAGGCUAGGAUUGACAACAACCUUGUAAAUUUUGCACACAUUGGUGACUUAGAAGGUAACAAUCCUACUUGUGCUUUUCAUUUUGCUUUGCAUUCAUUUGAUAAUUUGGACUGUGGAACAUGGAUAGUGGACACGGGUGCAUCAAAUCACAUGUGCAUUGAUAACAAAUUAAUUCGUAAACCAAAACCAGUAACUCAAAUCACUCAAGUUUUCUUACCAAAUGGUUUUGUUAAACUUGUACACCAUAUAGGUGAUGUAUCCCUUACACCCAAAUUAACUUUGACUGAUGCCCUUUGUGUUCCUAGUUUCAAAUAUAACCUACUUUCAGUAAAUAAACUUUCAAAGACUGCAGAACUUAAAUUUGAGUUUUAUCCUGACAAAUGUAUAUUGCAGGACCUUCAGACUGAAGUAGUAUUAGCAGUUGGUAAAGUGGUUGGGAACUUGUACAUUUUAGACAAAUCUUCAUUUCAUGAUUCAUCAUUACUUGUUUCCUGUAAUAAUCAGAUUGACUUGAAUAAAUCUUCCUCUGAUUUUGCUUCUAAUUCAGUUAAUCUUCCUUUUCAUUCCUCACCUGAAUUGUAUCAUUCUCCUGUUUCUGUUUCUUCAAAUGUUCCUAUUCCUACCAUAAGACACAGUACUAGACAAAGAUUCAAACCAGCAUGGAUGAGUGAUUAUGUAUCUAAUGUGUCAGUUCCUACAAAUUUAUCUACUGCUAUUACAACUUAUGUUACAGCCUAUACACCUAAUUCUUCUGCCCACACACCACCAACAUUUCUUUACACUAAAUCACCUAUAUUCACAAAUGCAUACAUGUCAUUUCUUGCCAUUGUGUCCUCUAUUCCUGAACCUAGUUCAUAUUAUCAAACAAGCAAAAAUGAAAAAUGGAUUGAGGCUGUGAAUAAGGAGUUUCAGAAUCUAGAAUCUAAUCAUACGUACAAAUCAAGGUUGGUAGCAAAGGGGUAUCAUCAGAUUGAAGGGGUAGAUUACUCGGAUAGUUUUUCUCCAAUAGAAAAACUUGUUACAGUGAGGAUCUUCCUGGCUAUAGCUACUGCUAGGAAUUGGGCUUUGCAUCAAUUAGAUAUAAAUAAUGCAUUUUUUACAUGGCUUCUCGCCAAUGGAAUGUUGAGUUUUGUGCUAAACUUCAAGCUUAUGGAUGAUGUUCUUGUUAUUGGGACUCAUGAGUUUGAGAUUAAGAAGGCCAAACAGUUUCUUCAUGACACGUUUACCAUUAAAGACGUGGGGUAUGCUAAAUAUUUUUUAGGCCUUGAAAUUGCAAGGGGUUCUGAUGGAACUUAUGUCAAUCAAAGAAAAUAUGUGUUAGAUAUUUUGCAAUAUGUAGGCCUUCUUGGAGCUAAACCUGUUGUUACACCAUUGCCAAAGGGGCAAAAAUUUUCUUCUACUGGUAGUUACUUGGAUGAACCAGAGAAAUAUCGCAGGUUAGUUAGUAGAUUGUUGUAUCUCAAUCUCACCAGGCCAGACAUAUCUUAUGUUGUCCAACAACUUAGUCAAUAUGUGCACUCUCCUACUCAAGAUCAUUGGCAUCAUGUUCUCAAGUAUCUCAAGGGUACACCUUCCAGAGGUUUGUUUUGCUCAUCUAAUAAUAAUCUGUCCCUUGAAGCCUUUUGUGAUACAGACUGGGCUGCAUGUAAGGAGUCCCGCAAGUCACUCAUUAGUUACUACAUAUAUUUGGGGUCUUCUCUCAUUUCUUGGAAGACUAAGAAACAAUCCACUGUCAGCAGGUCUUCAGCUGCGGCAGAAUAUAGAAGCCUUGCUUCUUCUGUUCGUGAGCUCGAGUGGAUUAGUUAUAUUUUGCAGGAUUUUCAAGUCAGCCCUCCUUUGCCAAUCCCUCUUUGGUGCGAUAACAUGGCAACUUUACAUAUUACUGCCAACCCAGUCUUCCAUGAACGUACAAAGCACCUAGAGAUUGAUUGUCAUCUUGUUCGUGAUAAGUAUAAAGCUAGUUUUGUUUUUCCUAAGCACAUUUCUACUAAAUUGCAGCUUGCAGAUGCUUUUACUAAGAGUCUUGCUGGCCCUCAGUUUCAUUCUAUUGUUUCCAAGUUGGGCUUGGUUGAUUUACAUCAAACUCAAUCUCCAACUUGA